AUGCCGACCGUCCACCUCCUCGACUACGUCGCCGGCAACGUCCGCUCGCUCGUCAACGCCAUUGAAAAGGUCGGCUACGAGGUCGAAUGGAUCACCCGCCCCGACCAGGUCGCCGAUGCUGAGCGCCUGAUCUUGCCGGGUGUCGGCCACUUUGGCCACUGCCUCUCCCAGCUGGCCGCGGCCGGCUACCUGCCCGCCAUCCGCAAGCACAUUGACGACGGCAAGCCGUUUAUGGGCAUCUGCGUGGGCCUGCAGGCGCUGUUCCGCGGCUCGAGCGAGGAUCCGGGCUGCCGUGGUCUGGGCGUGAUUGCGGGCGACCUGACGCGCUUCGACGACAGCGACAAGGCGGUGCCGCACAUUGGCUGGAACGACGCGCGGGCCCAGGACGGCGGCGACGGCUUCUACGGCGUGCGCGCCGCCUCCAAGUACUACUACGUGCACUCGUACAAGUACCCCUACACGCGAGGCGAGCUCGAAGCGCUCGGCUGGUCCGUGGCGACGGCGACGUACGGCGGCGAGACGUUUGUGGGCGCCGUGGCGCGCGGCAACGUGAUGGCGACGCAGUUCCACCCGGAAAAGAGCGGCGUCGCGGGUCUGCGGGUGAUCCGGGCGUUUUUGGACGGCAGCGGCGCCAAGGCGCUGGCAGCGUCGCCCAUGCCGUCGUUGCCUGGCACGCCCACACCCGCACCCACGUCCGGCCUGACCCGCCGCGUCAUCGCCUGCCUCGACGUGCGCACCAACGACCAGGGCGACUUGGUGGUGACCAAGGGCGACCAGUACGAUGUCCGGGAAAAGUCCGACGCGCGCGGCGUGCGCAACCUCGGCAAGCCCGUCGAGCUGGCCGAGCGGUACUACGCCCAGGGCGCCGACGAGGUCACGUUCCUCAACAUCACGAGCUUCCGCGACUGCCCCGUGGCCGACGUGCCCAUGCUCGAGAUCCUGCGGCGCACCUCCCAGACCGUGUUUGUGCCCCUGACCAUUGGCGGCGGCAUCCGCGACACCGUCGACACGGACGGCACCCACGUGUCGGCUCUGGCCAUUGCCACCAUGUACUUCAAGUCCGGCGCCGACAAGGUGUCCAUUGGCUCCGACGCCGUCCUCGCCGCCGAGGCCUACUACGCGGCCGGCCGCACGCUGUCGGGCACCACCGCCAUCGAGCAGAUUGCCGGUGCCUACGGCAACCAGGCCGUCGUGGUCAGCGUCGACCCGAAGCGCGUCUACGUGGCCGACCCCGCGUCGACCGCGCACAGCACCCUCCCGACCGCGUUUCCCGGCCCCCGCGGCGAAACCCACUGCUGGUACGCCUGCACCAUCAAGGGCGGCCGCGAGACGCGCGACCUGGACGUCGUCCAGCUCACGCAGGCCGUCGAGGCCAUGGGCUGCGGCGAGAUUCUGCUCAACUGCAUCGACAAGGACGGCAGCAACAGCGGCUACGACCUCGAGCUGAUCCGCCAGGUCAAGGCGGCCGUGCACAUCCCCGUCAUUGCCUCGAGCGGCGCCGGCCAGCCCGCCCACUUUGAGGAGGUCUUUGAGCAGACGACGACGGACGCCGCCCUGGGCGCUGGCAUUUUCCACCGCGGCGAGUACACGGUGACGGAGGUCAAGGACUACCUGGCCGACAAGGGCCUCGUUGUGCGGAAAUUCGAAGGCGAGUUGUAG